UUUAUCAAAAUUCACACAGUCGCAUAAAUUUUAGAACGUAAUAUAUUCCGGAUCAAGUCGAAAUGACACAGGGGCCGAACGAUUUUAAGCUGCCCAGCGGCGUCUUUGAUAUUAGCAAGGAUGUAGAGCGUUUAAUGGGCAAUACCAACGAGGACUUGGCAAAGUUUCGCGAGCAGGUGAAACACCUGAUGGACAACGUGGGCGAAGUGGUGGCGGAAAACCUGCAGCUCCGCCAGGAGUUGGGCAGACACAAGCUGGCUGAUACAAGAAAGACUGGCGGUGUUGAGGAGAUCCAGCAACGAAGUCAAAUGACCGAAGAAGCCUUGGCCAAUGCUUUGAAACAGAUCGAUUUACUGCGCAAGGAGCGGUGCAGCCUGAAGAGUAUUCAGGAGUGCUCACAGCGUACCAUCGAUAACAUGGAGCAGGAGCUGAAGAACUACAGGAGGCAGCUGAACGAGCCAGGCGAGGACCAGAUCAUCAAGAAGUACGCGAAAGCUAUUAAAAUGCUGGAAGAAAAGAUUGCCAGGCAAAAGGAGGAUCUACUCACACAGGGAGAGAUGAUCAAAAUUCUGCACGAGCAUAAGCAGCGCAACGGCAUGCAGAUCGAGGAGAUGCAGGCGAAGCUACAGAAGAAUGAACUCUGUUCGGUCACCAUAAACGAAAACUCAACGGAAAUUUCCAACUUGAAGAAGCAGCUCAAUGACUACGAGCAGCGCCUGCAGCACACUCAACAGCUGCUCAGGGAGAGCAACAAGCGGGAGAAUGCGGCCAUGAAAAAGGUACAAGAAGCCCUCAGUUUGAGCGAGUCGGCGGUACGGGAAAAGGCCGAGGCGGAGAAACGUUCCGAAGCCAUCAAAGAAGAGAUGACCCAGCUGGCCAGCAACCUGGGUGUCAUUCUGCAGGAGGAAGGCAAACGUGUGGACAUCGAGGUGGCCACGUUAAGGUCCAUGCAGCGCGAGAAGCUCAAACAGGAUAAGGCAGAGCACAUGGCGGAUAUGCAAGCGCUGCAGACACGCUACAAUCGAUUGGAGAAAAAGUACAAUGAGGUUGUCGAUCAGUAUGACAAAAUCGAUGCUGAGCUGGAGGACACCCGCGGUCGGCUGAGCGAGCUGAAAGACAUCGACCAAAAGCAGAAAUCUUCCGAGCUAAGAAUCAACGAGAGUCGACUGAAGGACUACAUGGAGCACCACAGACACAAAACCGCAGAGUACAAGGAGACUGUCAAGGAUCUAACGAUAAGGUUUCAGGCCGAAGUGCGACGACUCAUGGAUAUGAACUCGGAGCUGAAGGCCGAAAUACAAAUUUUAAAGGGUGAAGGCGGCAGAGGGAACACCAUUUAGCAGGCACUAGAACGCUUUACAAG